AUUCAAGCACCACAGAGAUUACCUUACCCAAACUAUUCCUCCUUUUUCUCUCUAUUUUUUUUGAGCGUCCUCUUUUCUUACGAUUUGUCUCUCCACGAUGCCAUUGGAUAUGGUAGAUAAUUACCUUGACGUACAAGAAAUAGAUUUUCAGGACCCUGAAGACGAGUCCUAUCCGGGUAUCCUUUACAUCAUUGAAGUUGAUGCUAGGUUCACGUAUUUUCCAAACGAUGAAGACGAUGAUGUAAUGGCAGCGAUGGAGAGGGUGGAAGCAGAAACCUUCGAGGUUAAAGCCGAAGACUUGACUAAAACUUUGUUGCGCACCAUGUUUCUGUCCAUGGCUAUGCCCGUGGACGAUCACAUGAUGGAGAAGGUUUUGGCGUGCGCUAAUAGGAUGGCCCAGAGUGACCCUUACCGGAAUCGCAAGGUGAGGCGGAUGAAAGUGAAACUGGAUAUUUUUGUGAAUGAUCCCUCGUCGUCUGUGACAGAGGUGGAGGCGGCCGGCGUUAAACUGUUGAGUGGUUAGAGAUGUUAAGUUAGGGUUUUUCAAUUUUUUUUUUCUUAAUUGGGAUUUGAUAUAUAAUUACUGAAUGUUUUCCUAAUUUGAAGCUUUUUUUAUUAGAUGCGAAAAGUUCGGUUCUUUAUCUGUAAUAUAAAAGUUUAAAGCGCAAAGAAGUGAUUCAUAUCGUUCUUGAGAUAGAGCUUGGUAGGAAUGUUGGCUCUGUUUUGCUUUAACUAAUCAAUUUCUAAAAGUUUU